AUGUCCUCGACCAAGGUUGGCGGCGAGUAUGGUCCGGUGCGCGCCAAUAUCGAUGUGGACAGGCUGAACGCAUACCUGUCUCAGCACGUUGAGGCGAUCCACGCGCCGGUGGACGUUAAGCAGUUCAAGUUUGGACAGUCGAACCCGACGUACUUCCUGACCGAUGCGAGGUCAAGACGAUUCGUGCUGCGCAAGAAGCCCGAUGGACAGCUGCUCUCAUCGACAGCUCACCAGGUUGAGAGGGAAUACACUAUGCUCCGAGCUCUGUUCAAACACAACAUAAAUCCGGCCACUUCUCCCGAGCGCAAGGUACCCGUACCAGAGCCCUUUGUACUAUGCGAAGAUACCACCGUCAUCGGGACCCCAUUCUACAUUAUGGAAUUCUUGGACGGGCGGAUAUUCACUGACAUGAGGAUGCCGGGCGUAUCCCAGGAAACAAGGCGUGAGUGUUGGUUGGCUGCUGUGCGUGCCCUCGCCGCGCUCUCUUCCCUGCACCCGAAUGAACUCGGGCUGUCCGCAUUCGGACCAUCGACGCCAUACUUCCCCCGUCAAAUCAAGUCUCUCACCCGCGUGUCCCUCGCGCAAGCACAGGCCGUCGACAUCGAGUCGGAUAAGCCCGUAGGCGCAAUCCCGCGGUUCGACGAGAUGGUCGCAUGGUACCAGAAGAACCUGCCCGACGAGCGCAAGACCGGGCUCCGCAUCGUGCACGGCGAUUACAAGCUCGACAAUCUGGUGUUCCACCCGACCGAGAAUCGCGUUAUUGGUAUUCUCGACUGGGAGCUGUGUACCCUCGGUAGUCCGCUCGCAGAUCUGGCGAACCUGACGCAGCCGUGGGUGAUGGACUCAAGCAAGGUCACGACGGGCGCGGCAAUGGUCGGCUUCAGGAAUACGAACGACAUGCCUGUGCCUCUGCAAGAACUAGAGCGCGAAUACUGCCGUCUCACACAGCAGUCUUAUCCCAUCAAGGAGAUGGGCUUCGCGCGCAGCUGGAUGCUCUUCCGCACGGCAGUCAUCUUGCAGGGCAUCGCAGCUCGCUAUGCCUUGCGGCAGGCAAGUUCUGAGAGGGCAUCCUUUAUGGGGGACAUGUUCCCUAUCAUUGGGAAGUUUGCAUGGGACGCUCUCAGGGAGGCCGAGGAUUCUGGCGGGAUCACAUCAAAACUCUGA